CUCGGGAUUAAUUGGUUGACCAAUGGCUCCCAAACAUGCGCUCCGCUCCGGCAGUGGCCCCGGGGCCCCGAACAACAACAACACGGAGCCAGACUCUUGUUUCCUGGCGGCGCGGAGCCGGGAUGCGGGGAUGGUGGCGGCCGUCUGCUCGCGGAGGACCAGGAGCAGGUGUCGGGUUCUGAAUGGGAUGCUGGCCCGGGUGUGCGUGGUGCUGGUCCUGAUGCUGCAGAGCUCCGUGACCGCUGGCGCCAAGGAAGAUCAUUACACAUCAGCUCAGCAGGCUGACUCACCUCGGGACCCUACGGUGCCCCCCAACCUCACUGCGCCUCUUCAGCUCAGAGCCAGAGCUCAGGUUAAAGAUGCCGCCGCCCCUGCUGUUGGUCCUGAUGCUGAACUCAGACCUUGGCCCGAGGGUAAAGUGUUCGCCGAGGCGAGAACGGCCGUCUGGACAGAAACAGAAGCCGGGGCAGGUGGGAAAGUCUUUGCAGAGACGGGGAUCAUGACAGAAACUCAUGCUUGGGCCCAAGCAGGCUGGAGGCCUGUCGAUGCAGAGGAGGGGGUCCUCGGAGACCUGACUCCCAUGCUGGGGCAGGAGCAGGGAGGAGAGGUUCGGAGAGAGGAGGUCUUCUCAUCGGUUCUGACUGCGCUGACAGAGACGGCAGAGCUGCAGACUCCAACGGUUAGGAAACCUUUAGGGCUGCUGUCCAAAGCUGCUUGGACCAAAACCAUGUCUUCAUCAUCCAAGGCCGGAUCCUCCUCCACAACAAAAGCAUCCUCUGUGGCCUCCUCUUCCUCCUCUCCAUCCAGUCGUGUAGCAACAACAGCCAAUGUUUCUGUGGUUCUUGGGAACAACAACGCCUCCGACAACAACAGUUUUGAGGAAUCUGUGAGCAGCCUCCCAGCCUGGGAUCUACCCACUGUACCUGAAUCCCUGUUGUCCACAGUGGGCGACCACGACAUCACGCUUCCCGCCAACAUCACCAGCCCUUUCUCCACCCAUCAGUGGAACACCACCAUGCCUGUCCGCCUCAAAAACACCUCGCAGGACACAACCACAGUGACCCCGACCACCACAGUGACCCCGACCGCCACUUCGACGGUACCGUUCCCCACCACCGCAGGAACACAGACGCCAACAGAAUCCACCACAGCGUCGCAAAACACGAGCGAGGACACUGCGACGAGCGACAGCCUGAAGCUGACGACUGCAACCAUGACAACACCCUCGACAACCACGUCUACUGUUGUGAGCGCAGAGAUGACGACGCAGGCGCCAAUCACGGGGAGCGCCGUAGCUUCACCGUCAAACGCCACAACUGCUCCUGCGACCACGCAGGAAACGACAAGCCUCAACGCUACAACGACUACAGCUCCACCCACAACAACAACAACAACCUCUACAACUACAUUCAGCCCCACUACCACCCCCAUGACAACCGCUCCCCCAACCACAACCACCACAACCACUACAACUACCACUCCAGCUCCGACUACUACCACCACCACUGCAUCAACUACUUCUACUGCUGCCCCUACUACAACCACAACAACUACCACCACCACAACUAAAGCACCGGACACCACUGUGUUCAUCCCAGUCCAAACUACACCCCCUCUGACAACAACCGCACACACCCUCUCCACCACCAGCGCAGAGGACAUUCAUCUACCCUGCAACGUGACCGAGAGGUUCUGGGUCAAAACGGUUUUGUCUAUUGAGCUACGCAGAAACCGUCUGGACCUGAUCCUGAAACAGAACCUAUCAAAAGGACUGAGUCAUGCCCUGCAGAGAGCCCUGAAUGACUCCAACGCCAGCGCACAGGUGGAGCGAGACGACUGCAGCCCUCACAACGUGACUCUGGGCUACUACGUGACCAGCGGGAAAACGGUCUACGUUUCCUCUCUGGUUGUGGAAGUGCUGACUGUUUACGGCUUUGACAAGCUGCUGUCUGACAUCAGGCAGCACACCCCGCUGGUUAAGGCAGUUCUGGUUCCGGUGGGGUCCUGGAUGCCCACGCCAAAGUUUCAUCUGCAACUCAAAACAGUGCUGAGAUUUGUUGGGCCGACAGACAACAUCUACUCCUGCAGUUUUGUCCAGAUGAUGGAGCAGCGGCUGGAGAACGCAUUUGAAGAGGCUCAGGAUAAAGUUCUGGAGACCUACAACCGACUCAACGUGGAGAUCCAGAGCAUCUCCCAGGAGCCUGGCUCCCCUUCCGUUUCUCUUGUUUACGUGGUGAAAAACCAAGAAGCAGUUCUUAACGGGACGAUCUCCAGCGGACUCCUCAACCAGCUGACUGCAGAGUUGGUGGGAUACUUUUUGUUCUACCCGCCGCUGGUCAUCGCUGAGCCCCUUGAGUACCACAAUCUCAACACAUCAGCAGCAACCAGGAGCUACUGGGUGAUCACAGUGAUCCAGGAUGUGGACAGCUCCUCCCUGGAGGCCAACUACCAGAGCUUUGCCAGUUUGAUGGAGCAGCGGCUGGUCGAGCUUUUUCUGGUCGCUGGCAGACAGGGCUCUCGAACGGCCAGGUCCCGGCGGGCCACUACUGUGGGCAGCUACACCGUACAGAUGGUGAGCAUUCGUCGGCUGCCAGGACCCAAGAAUCCAGCCGAGAUGACCUACUACGCCCAGCAGAACGGAGAUCCCAUCACAGGAAGCACAGCUGCUAAGACCCUGAGCAGUCUGGACUCCCAGACCAUGGCUCUAACGCUGGGAUACUUCGUACAAGUUCAGGCUGAACCUGUGGUGAAGACACCGCCCAGCAACCUGUGGAUCAUGGCUGUUCUGACGCCGCUCUUCUUACUGAUGGUUGUGAUCGGAAUGGUUGCCUUCAUCCUGUGUAAGAGGAACAGAGUCAUUUUCAAAUCUGGUGCGUUCAGGACCUUCAAAGCACGUUCCAAGACUUCAUAUCGAAGAGAGGGCAGUUACCACCACCAGCCUGUCCAGGGCUUCGACUACGCCAAGAAGCACAUGGGUCGGACGGGGGAUGACGCCAUCUCCGUUACCAAAGAGACGCUGGUGUUGGGACUGCCGGUUCGAGAUGCUCCUCUGUCACUGUCACUGUCACUGGAUAAAAAGGCUCAUCAAGAUGGGACUGCAAACAAAAGGCCUCCAUCUGCUGAGACACACAAAGCAGGACGGUUGCCAAGUGAGGAGAAUGGCUCCAUGUCAAGUAACAGCUCAGGGAAGCUGAACACCAGCAAGAGCUCCUCUGCCCGAAGGACGGCGACUGGCAGCAGCAGCAAGAACGGCAAAGAGGAGCUGCACAAGAGGGGCGCCAACGACCUGUACGAAGACCACUCCAGCUCCCUGCGUCUCAUUACCAUCAAACCCAUGACGGCCCAGCCCACCUACUCGUACCCCUCCUCCUCCUCACACAGCCAGGACUCUGUCAUCGUCAACGGGGAGGCAAACCCUACGGGUCUAAAACAGAAGUCAGACAUCGAGCACUACAGGAACAAACUGCGUCAGAAGGCUCGAAGGAAAGGCUACGGAGAGUUCUCACUCUCUGAGAGCCUCAACCACGGUUACAUUCACCGAGACAGCAGACACAGUCGCCAUGACAACGGGGUCAAACAGCCCAUGACCGCCGAGGAGAAGAGGGCCUCAUUCGCAGGAUGUCACAAGAGGUAUUCCCACCCACGAGAGCCCACCUACUGGAGCCGGCAGUCUCUGAGCAGCCCGAGCCCGGUGGAGACGGAGAUGGACCUGCUGGUGCUCAGGGAGAGAUCCAGGAGGGGCAUCCGCAACAACGGCUAUGAUGGCGAACCGGAACCGUUUGAGGAGACCAACAUGGACCGUCUGAUGAGCUCUCUGGGCUACGGAGGUGGAUCCACUGGAACCGGGAACAGCAGUUUAGGGGUGAAAGCUCACCGCGGCUCCGACUCCUCCACACUCAGUUCGCAGCCGUCCAUUGACGAGGUCCGCACGCAAAUGCACAUGUUGCUUGGCAACGCUUUCAGCCUGGCACCUCCGGACCAUGACCCCCCUUCGCCUCCAACCAACCACCACCAUCACCACCACCACGCUCACAGUGUCUACAAUCCGACCCAUUCAAGCCACUACGGUGACGGGGUGACCAGCGCCCCGGGGACCAUGAACCACCCCUGUGGAGGCCGGCAGAGGAGCGCAGGCUACGAGGACAUGCACCAGUGUAGCCUGCCUAAACCAGGUUUUCGGUUUACCCAGCUUCCUGAUAUGGGCAUCGGUUCUCCCCCGCCACUAAUCCCCUCCAGACCAGGACCACCACCUGGGACCUCAAUACGAUGUAACAGCUCCACCCCUGAUGUGAGUCUGAAGCCUCGUGUGUCUGAGGCGUCAGAGCUGCAGGCCCAGCAGCACAACGGCGCUCCCUACCUGCCCCUCUCCAGGACGCCCUUCCCCGCCGUGUCCGUUGAUCAGUCCAUCAGCAACUACUCAGGAAACCCAAUCACUGCGGUGUACGCUAUCUCGGCCAACCGUCCGGGAUACUCAGAUUACUUCGUCAUGUCUCCGCCAUCCUCCUACCGGAGCCCAUCCUGGAUGUCCUACCCACCUGAACCUGAAGACCUGCCGCAGCAGUGGAACGACACACCUAACUCACGACACCUGGAAACCAUCUGCUGAAGUCGAACAGAAACACUCUGCAACGAGCGCUGACGACCUCCUUCCCUCGGACCACCCUCUGGAUCUUCACCCCUCCCAGCCUUCGUCCAUCUGCCUGGCCUUCAUCUCUCACCUCACCUCGUUUCGUCAUCCACAGCUCCUCUGCCACCCUCCACACACACACACAAACAAAUCUUCACUCUUUGUAUUAAUGAGCUCCUCAGACGUGAGUCUCCCUCUC